AUGCAUGGCCUUUUGAAGUUGCACCGCGCCGUCGUCGCUCGUCCGUCGGCUCUCCACGUUGUCCGUCGCACGCCGCAAUGGCGCUCCUACUCCACGCCGUCGAAUGACACCCUCCCCUUAUCGGGUGUCCGAGUUCUGGAUAUGACGAGAGUAUUGGCUGGUCCAUACUGUACUCAGAUUCUCGGAGACCUGGGAGCAGAUGUAAUCAAAGUGGAACAUCCCACUCGCGGUGACGAUACUCGCGCCUGGGGUCCGCCCUAUGCAAAGUACGAGGACGGGUCGGAGGGUCCUGGAGAGAGUGCUUAUUAUCUUGCGGUCAACCGCAACAAGAAAUCCAUCGGCCUCUCCUUUGCGCACAAGUCCGGAGUCGAGAUUCUACACCGGCUGGUGAAAGAAUGCGACGUGCUGGUUGAAAACUACCUGCCCGGGGGACUCAAGAAAUACAAUAUGGACUACGAGACGCUUCGGGAAAUCAACCCCAAGCUUAUAUAUGCCAGUAUCACCGGCUACGGACAGACGGGUCCGUACAGCAACCGCGCCGGUUACGACGUCAUGGUGGAAGCUGAGAUGGGUCUGAUGCACAUCACCGGCGCCCGAGACGGCGACCCAGUCAAGGUGGGUGUCGCAGUCACGGAUUUGACGACGGGACUGUAUACAUCCAAUGCGAUCAUGGCGGCCUUGUUGGCCCGAGUCAGGACUGGAAAGGGACAGCACAUUGAUGCUUGUUUGAGCGACUGUCAGGUUGCAACCUUGGCGAAUAUCGCCAGUUCCGCUCUGAUCAGCGGGCAGAAGGAUUCAGGGAGGUGGGGGACCGCGCAUCCAUCCAUCGUCCCCUAUCGAAGCUACCAAACCCGCGAUGGAGACAUCCUCUUCGGAGGAGGAAAUGAUAAGCUCUUUGGGGUGCUGUGCGAUCGUCUUGGAUUUCCCGAGUGGAAGACCGACCCUCGCUUCAUCACCAACAGCGACCGAGUCAAACAUCGAAAAGAAAUUGACGGCCUCAUCGAGGAGAGGGCCAAGCAGAAGACUACUCAGGAGUGGUUGGAGAUUCUGGAAGGCAGCGGGAUGCCCUAUGCCGCGGUCAACGAUAUCCAAGGAACAUUGAACCAUUCUCAUGUCCAAGCUCGGGGAAUGGUUACUGAAGUGGAUCACCCGGCGUGCGGUCCCAUUAAGUUGGUGAACACGCCUAUCAAAUAUUCCCAUGCGACACCUGGCAUCCGAACACCACCCCCAACCCUAGGACAGCAUACGGAUGAGGUUCUCGGAGAGUUACUUCAGUAUGAAGCAGAGGAGAUUGCCCAAUUGAAGCAGGAGGGGGUGCUGUCGUAG